AUGAAGCUCAACGACAAAGGAACAAACACUGUCACGUCCAACGACAAAGGAACGGACACUGUCACGCCCAACGACAAAGGAACGAACACUGUCACGUCCAACGACAAAGGAACGAACACUGUCACGUCCAACGACAAAGGAACGAACACUGUCACGUCCAUCGACAAAGGAACGAACAAUGUCACGUCCAACGACAAAAGAACGAACAAUGUCACGUCCAACGACAAAGGAACGAACACUGUCACGUCCAACGACAAAAGAACGAACACUGUCACGUCCAACGAAAAAGGAACGAACAGUGUCACGUCCAACGACAAGGAUACACACUUGAUGAAGCUCAACGACAAAGGAACGAACACUGUCACGUCCAACGACAAAGGAACGAACACUGUCACGUCCAACGACAAAGGAACGAACACUGUCACGUCCAACGACAAAGGAACGAACACUGUCACGUCCAACGACAAAGGAACGAACACUGUCACGUCCAACGACAAAGGAACGAACAAUGUCACGUCCGACGAUAAAGGAACGAACACUGUCACGUCCGACGACGAAGGAACGAACAAUGUCAGGUCCACCGACAAAAGAACGAACACUGUCACGUCCAACGACAAAGGAACGAACACUGUCACGUCCAACGACAAAGGAACGAACACUGUCACGUCCAACAACAAAAGAACGAACACUGUAACGUCCAACAACAAAAGAACGAACACUAUCAAGUCCGAUGACAAAGGUACGAACACUGACACGUCCAACGACAAAAGAACGAACACUGUCACGUCCAACGACAAAGGAACGAACACUGUCACGUCCAACGACAAAAGAACGAAAACUGUCACGUCCAACGACAAAGGAACGAACAGUGUCACGUCCAACGACAAAAGAACGAACACUGUCACGUGCAACGACAAAGGAACGAACACUGUCACUUCCAACGACAAAAGAAUGAACACUGUCACGUCCAACGACAAAGGAACGAACACUGUCACGUCCGAUGACAAAGGAACGAACACUGACACGUCCAACGACUAA